CGGCCGGGAGCCGGAGCUGGCGAGCGGAGCGGGAACCUGUGCGCGGCGCCGCUGAGGCGCAGCAUGUGAGCGGAGACGGCGUCCAGCGCGAGGCGAGCCUCUCAGCCGGCCGGGAUGGCUACGACGGCCGAGCUCUUCGAGGAACCUUUUGUGGCAGAUGAGUAUAUUGAACGUCUUGUAUGGAGAACCCCAGGAGGAGGCUCUAGAGGAGGAUCUGAAGCUUUUGAUCCUAAAAGGUUAUUAGAAGAAUUUGUAAAUCAUAUUCAAGAACUCCAGAUAAUGGAUGAAAGGAUUCAAAGGAAAGUGGAGAAACUAGAGCAACAGUGUCAGAAAGAAGCUAAGGAAUUUGCCAAGAAGGUACAAGAGCUUCAGAAAAGCAAUCAGGUUGCCUUCCAACAUUUCCAAGAACUGGAUGAGCACAUUAGCUAUGUAGCAACCAAGGUCUGUCACCUUGGAGACCAGUUGGAAGGGGUAAACACCCCCAGACAACGGGCAGUAGAGGCUCAGAAAUUGAUGAAAUACUUUAAUGAGUUUCUAGAUGGAGAACUGAAAUCUGAUGUUUUUACAAAUUCUGAAAAGAUAAAGGAAGCAGCAGACAUCAUUCAGAAGUUGCACCUAAUCGCCCAAGAGUUACCUUUUGAUAGAUUUUCAGAUGUAAAAUCCAAAAUUGCAAGCAAAUACCAUGAUUUAGAAUGCCAGCUGAUUCAGGAGUUUACUAGUGCUCAAAAAAAAGGUGAAAUCUCCAGAAUGAGAGAAGUAGCAGCAGUUUUACUUCAUUUUAAGGGUUACUCCCAUUGUGUUGAUGUUUAUAUAAAGCAGUGCCAGGAGGGUGCUUACAUGAGAAAUGAUAUAUUUGAAGAUGCAGCAAUACUCUGUCAACGGGUGAACAAACAAGUUGGAGAUAUCUUUAGUAAUCCAGAAACAGUACUAGCUAAACUUAUUCAAAACGUAUUUGAAAUCAAACUACAGAGUUUUGUGAAAGACCAGUUAGAAGAAUGUAGGAAGUCUGAUGCAGAGCAGUACCUCAAAAAUCUCUAUGACUUAUAUACAAGAACCACAAAUCUUUCCAGCAAGUUGAUGGAGUUUAACUUAGGUACUGAUAAACAGACUUUCUUGUCUAAGCUUAUCAAGUCCAUUUUCAUUUCCUACUUGGAGAACUAUAUUGAGGUGGAGACUGGAUAUUUGAAAAGCAGAAGUGCUAUGAUCCUACAGCGCUAUUAUGAUUCAAAAAACCAUCAAAAGAGAUCCAUUGGCACAGGAGGUAUUCAAGAUUUGAAAGAGAGAAUUAGACAACGUACCAACUUACCUUUGGGGCCAAGUAUCGAUACUCAUGGGGAAACCUUUCUAUCCCAAGAAGUGGUGGUUAAUCUUUUACAAGAAACCAAACAAGCCUUUGAAAGAUGUCAUAGGCUCUCUGAUCCUUCUGAUUUACCAAGGAAUGCCUUUAGAAUUUUUACCAUUCUUGUGGAAUUUUUAUGUAUUGAGCAUAUUGAUUAUGCUUUGGAAACAGGACUUGCUGGAAUUCCUUCUUCAGAUUCUCGGAACGCAAAUCUCUAUUUUUUGGAUGUUGUGCAUCAGGCCAAUACGAUUUUUCAUCUUUUUGACAAGCAGUUUAAUGACCACCUUAUGCCACUAAUAAGCUCUUCUCCUAAGUUAUCUGAAUGCCUUCAGAAGAAAAAAGAAAUAAUUGAACAGAUGGAGAUGAAAUUGGAUACCGGUAUUGAUAGGACAUUAAAUUGUAUGAUUGGACAAAUGAAGCAUAUUUUGGCUGCAGAACAAAAGAAAACAGAUUUUAAGCCUGAAGAUGAAAACAAUGUUUUGAUUCAGUAUACUAAUGCCUGUGUUAAAGUCUGUGCUUAUGUAAGGAAACAAGUAGAGAAGAUUAAAAAUUCCAUGGAUGGGAAGAAUGUGGAUACGGUUUUGAUGGAAUUUGGAGUACGUUUUCAUCGACUUAUUUAUGAGCAUCUUCAACAAUAUUCCUACAGUUGUAUGGGUGGCAUGUUAGCAAUUUGUGAUGUAGCUGAAUAUAGGAAGUGUGCCAAAGACUUUAAGAUCCCACUGGUGUUACAGCUUUUUGAUACUCUGCAUGCACUUUGCAAUCUCCUGGUAGUUGCCCCAGAUAAUUUGAAGCAAGUCUGUUCAGGUGAACAACUUGCUAAUCUGGACAAGAACAUUCUUCACUCCUUCGUACAACUUCGUGCUGACUAUAGAUCUGCCCGCCUUGCUCGACAUUUCAGCUGAGGUUGAAUUUAUAAGGGAAACGUGUUGUACUUCAGCGGGCCUUGGUUGAUAGAAAGAAAGCACAGGAAAUUUCUUAUGUUAUAGCCAACACUUUAUGGAAAAAUGACUGUUUGGAAAAACAGCAACCAUACCGUGGAGAUUUUUUUUUUUUUUUUUAAUUUGGACUACUAGCCAUAUUUUAUUUUAUUUUUUCCCCUUAAGUUGAUUUUUAGUACUGUCCUUGAACAUACAAGUUUCAUAUUCUGUGAAACUACAUGUCAUGGUUUUCAUCCUGGAAAAUCUUAGUGUCAGAAGGCAAAUGAGAUGUUACCAGUGAUCCAAUUCAUGUUCUUUAACAUAGUCCACUGGAAAAUUUCACCAUCCUAUUUUAUCAAUUUUAAUGACCUUUUCCACACUGAUGAUUGUUGAUCAAGUUAUUUUAGGUAUUCCUAGAGAACUUUUUGCCUCAAAAGGUUAGCAAUUGAGCAUAAUUUCUGUAAAUGAUUGAUUGGAUUUUUCUGAGGUACAACUGUAAUACUAUUUCAAGGAAAAAGUUUUACACUAAACUAAAACGAUGAGAUGUUUUAUGUAGAUAUUAGGUAUGGAUCAGAAUAUAUCUGCCUCCUGGGUGAAA